AGGGCAAUGCCGGUCUCGUGGGCCUGGCUGUGGAGUCCACGCCAGGGAAGCGGAUCCGCAAGCCGUCGCUGCUCUACGAGGGGUUUGAGAGCCCCACCAUGGCGUCUGUCCCGGCCCUCCAGCUGGCCCCCGCCAACCCGCCCCCUCCUGAGGUCUCUAACCCCAAGAAGCCCGGCCGGGUGACCAACCAGCUGCAGUACCUCCACAAGGUGGUGAUGAAAGCGCUCUGGAAACACCAGUUCGCCUGGCCCUUCCGCCAGCCGGUGGACGCAGUCAAGCUGGGUCUUCCGGACUACCACAAGAUCAUCAAGCAGCCAAUGGACAUGGGCACCAUUAAGCGGCGGCUGGAGAACAGCUACUACUGGAGUUCUGCUGAAUGCAUGCAAGACUUCAACACAAUGUUCACCAAUUGCUACAUCUACAACAAGCCAACAGACGACAUUGUGCUGAUGGCCCAAACGCUGGAGAAGAUCUUUCUGCAGAAAGUGGCCCAGAUGCCUCAGGAGGAGCAGGAGAUUGUCAUCACUGUGGCAAAGAAUAGCCACAAGAAGGGAGCAUCUCGGGCAGCAGCGCUCCUGGCAGCCGCCAGCGCCGCUGCCCAGCAGGUUCCAGCCAUCUCUUCGGUGUCCCACACUGGGUUGUUCUCCACUGGCACAGACAUACCCACUACGAUCAUCAGCAUCCCCCACCCAUCUGUCAUCUCCGCCCCUCUCCUGAAGCCGCUGCACUCCACUGCUGCCUCCCAGCCGGUGCUGGCCGUGCCUGCACCCACGCAGCCUGUGACCAAGAAGAAAGGCGUAAAGCGGAAAGCAGAUACCACUACUCCUACUCCUACGGCCAUCAUUGCCACCAGCGGGGGGGAGUCUUCUCCCUCUGCUGCCAUCUUGGAGACUAAGGCAGCCAAGAUUCCUGCCCGGCGGGAGAGCGGGCGCCCCAUCAAGCCCCCCCGGAAAGACCUGCCGGACUCGCAGCAGCACCAGACGUCCAAGAGGGGCAAGCUCUCCGAGCAGCUCAAGUACUGUAACGGCAUCCUCAAGGAGCUCGUCUCCAAGAAGCACGCAGCCUAUGCUUGGCCCUUCUACAAGCCAGUUGAUGCCUCUGCGCUGGGUCUCCAUGACUACCACGAGAUCAUUAAGCAUCCCAUGGAUCUCAGUAGCAUUAAGCGCAAGAUGGAGAACCGGGAAUAUCAUGACGCGCAGGAGUUUGCUUCUGACGUGCGGCUGAUGUUCUCCAACUGCUACAAGUACAACCCUCCUGACCACGAUGUGGUGGCUAUGGCUCGUAAGCUGCAGGAUGUCUUUGAGUUCAGCUAUGCCAAGAUGCCUGAUGAACCCCUCGACAUCAACCCCCCCUCCACAUCACUCCCACAGCCAGGGCUUCUGAUGAAAUCCUCCACAGAUGACUCCUCUAGUGAGGAGGAAGAAGAGGAGGAGGAAGAGGAAGAGGGGGACGAAGAUGAGAGCAGCAGCGAGAGCUCAUCAGACACUGAGGAGGAGAGUUCAGAUUCUGAGGAGGAGCGAGCUAAUCGGCUAGCUGAGCUGCAGGAACAGCUGCGGGCAGUGCACGAGCAGCUUGCAGCCCUCUCCCAGGGACCUGUUUCUAAGCCCAAGAAGAAGCGUGACAAGAAGGAGAAAAAGAAGAAGAAAAAGUCAGAGAAGCGCAAAGUUAAAGCAGGAGAUGAGGAGGGCCGUGCUCCCCAAGUCCAGCUGAAGAAGUCGAAGAAAGCUGGUGGGGGCAGUGGCGGGGGCAGCGGCAGCAAGAACACAAAGAAGUCCAGCUCCAAGGCUGCUGCUCCCCCAGUCCCCGUCCUGUUUGAUUCGGAGGAGGAAGAGGAGAGCAAGCCCAUGAGCUACGACGAGAAGCGCCAGCUCAGCCUGGACAUCAACAAGCUGCCGGGGGAGAAGCUGGGCCGGGUUGUUCACAUCAUCCAGUCGCGAGAGCCGUCCCUGCGGGACUCCAACCCGGAGGAGAUAGAGAUUGACUUUGAAACGCUCAAGGCGUCCACGCUGCGGGAGCUGGAGCAUUACGUCCUGUCCUGCCUACGCAAGAAACCUCGCAAACCAUACAGUGAGAGUGAGUGUGGGAAACAGGGUGUCCUCACGCACAGGUGGCUGUGUCUCCCAGGAACCCAGCCGGGAGGAGCCGGGUGAAGUCUGUUCUGCCAAGGACCAAGGAGGCCCCAGGUUGCAGAGGGGACUGGAGACUCCAUGGCAAAACAGGCUCUUCCAGACUAGGUGGUAAUCUGCCUUGCCAUGUUUUGUUACAAACGGCAGUCGAAAUGGGGAAAGAACAAGGUGUCCACAAGUGUCAAACGGCCAAUUUUCAUCGUGCCCAUUUUUCUCCUCUGGAAUCUUUAAUGUUGAAAAAAAUCCUGAAAUCGCAUUCCUGUGAUCAGUCCUUGGCCAGCCUUUCACACUGGAGCUUGGGGCCUCUGAAAGGGUUUCAGUGCGAGAUCCAGGCUGCCCGUGCUCACCUAAGCUCCCACCCCCAUAGAAAUUGUGUCUCCCUGGUGGUACACUCAUCACUGAUCCCGUGGAGUGUUUUAUUGGCCUUGUUUACAAGUGAACCUGACAUUGUGGCUUGGAAAUCACAAGUUACGGCUUUCCAAGUUAGGGCUUUCCAUGCGUGGUAUAAAUCCAGACUGGGCAAAUCAUGGCUACAGCAGAUGAUGAUUCAGCCUGAUUGGCAAAUCAGGCUAUGUGGCUGUGAGGCUUCCCUGUCUGUCUGCUUCUCUCCAUGGUUUGGGGGGAGUUGCAGUGAACCGGGGAGCCUUUCACUGACCCUCUGCUGUGCACUUGGGGUCUUGCAGAAUUCUUUAAAAAGCAGCAGUUUUUCACCCUGCAGAGGUUGCGUUUACAGUCUUGAAUUUUGCUUGGCUUGUGGGAAGGACGGUGUUCCUGGGGUCUGCUUUCCAGUGGCAAAGAAGCAGAGGCUGCUGCGCUGCACUGCAUUGCACUGCACUGCUGGGAAGGUGGGGCCCAUAUGAAAGGAAGGGAAGGGGGCCUGUGCCCUUUGACCUCAUCCUGUGCUCCUGCGUGGUCUGUCAUUCAGCUCCUGCGUGGUCUGUCAUUCAGCUCCUGCUCUGGCCUCGAUUUGUCUGGGAAGCCUUCCCACCCGGGCUCCCCAACCACGGUCUUAGUGAAGCAGGGCCUAAUUUUCUGGGGUGCCCACUGAGAGAGCCUCAUGCUCCAGGUUUUUACUGGAGCCAUCCAGGCUGGAGGCCGGAAUACUCUCUAGCAAGACAAACAGCCUUAAUUUAAAUAUAAGGAUUUCUGUCUGGCUUGAACUUCCGACCUGGCUUACCUCAGAUGGUCCUGAUUUGUUGUGUUUGGAAGGGAUUUGUUGUGUUCCUUUCCAAACCACUUCUUCCACAGUACAUAAUGUUACAUCAGUUGCCCGUUUCUUCGCAAGGUCCAGCUUCUACAACAUCCUUUUAGGUGUGGAAACCCUGAUUCUAAAUGUCACAGAGCUGGGCUCACAUUUCACAGUGAUGUUGUUGUGAUUUGUUUAACCGUGGUUUAAUGUAUACGCCAGAGUUGACUGGGUUCAUACUUCACACUGAGCUAGAAAUGUGGUUAUGUGAUAGAAAAGAGUGUUUUGAAGCUGGUAAUUAAAGGGCUCCUUUCCCAGUGCUGGAUGGAAUUUGUCACAAGAACUACAUAUUCGUUCGUCAUUUGCUUUCAUCUCCACCCUUGCAUUUCCCGGAAAGGGUGCCUGGAUUGGGGUGAUCCUUGCACAGGGGCUGUUCUCGUCUUGCCCCCGAGAGUGGACAGAUCCUUUGCUGGCCCUUCCCAAGGAAGGGAAUUGGGCCUCCUUGCUAGUCUUCUCCUGGCUUUGGCUUAGCAGCUGGACCGGCUCUUGUAAGCAGGGCUGCUGCGGAGCAAGAGGGGUGGAAGGGAGACGCCAGGGGGCUCUGGGAGGAUGGAGCUCCGCCUUUUGCACAGAGAAGUAAGGUUUAGUAGGAGGACCAGCUGGUUCCUCUGCUGUUGGACGGCUGGCGCGCGUGCCCUAUUGGAAACUAAAGCAGUGUUUGCACACGUGUGAAGAACUGCGCAGGAGUCCCCUGACCAAAAUUCCUCU